ACACACACAACACACACACACACACACACACACACACAUUGAAUAUUAUAGCAAUUACGUUUGUAAUCUUUCUCCGAUAUACGUGUAACAUACAUAUCGAGAAUGUAAAUAACUGUUUUCUCGUAAUUACAAAAUUACAACAAUAAAGUGGGUCAAUAAACUCACUGAACAGAGUUGGUUUGAUGAAAUUGACGAAAAUUUAGAACGAAUUGUGUGUGUUUAGUGUAAGAAUGUCACAACAAAGUGCUAUCGUACAAACAACUAACACAGGUUCCGAGAUAACACCUGUGCUUGGGACUUUACAGUCUGCAAGCUCUAAUAAUCAGGCCUCAUCGGUUUUGUCUAACAUGCAAAGCAAUAUCGGUAGUACCACGGCAACUACUAUACCACAGACGCAAUCUCAACAAACUCAAUACAUUUCACAGUCUCCGAAACAAAUAUUACAACAGUCGUCCACUCCAAGUUCUUUUAGCGAUUUUCCACAAUUUUUAACAAAAACAAGAUUGCAAGAGUUGGUAAGGGAAGUAGAUCCUACUGAACAGUUAGAUGAAGAAGUGGAAGAAAUGCUUUUACAAUUAGCGGAUGACUUUGUAGAGACAACAGUAAAUGCAGCUUGUUUAUUGGCUAAGCAUCGUCAUGCGAAUACAGUGGAAGUUAAAGAUGUACAGUUGCAUUUGGAAAGAAAUUGGAACAUGUGGAUCCCUGGUUUUGGUACAGAUGAAGUACGUCCAUACAAACGAGCUACUGUCACUGAAGCGCAUAAACAAAGAUUAGCACUUAUACGAAAAUCUAUCAAAAAGUAUUAAAUCAUUUGUAAGUUACAUUUAGUUAGUCUUAACUAUCAAACUAUUGUAUUUUAUAUAUUUUUAAUUAUUGUUGCUUGAUAGUUUUGAGCAAUUUGUAAUUAAAAUAUUUAGUAAUAACAGCAAUAGAUCACUAACAGAGCACUAACAAUACUAAGUAGAGAAACUGGCAAAUAACCAAGCCUUGACUUUUAUUUGCCAGUUUCUCCAGUUAGUAAAAUAUUCAUUUCAAAAUUUUCUUUUUUCACGAAAGUACGGAUUGUUAUACAGUUUUACAAUAAAUAAUAAAAUUUGCAUUUAUGUGUUAUGAAAAGUGCAAAUAUGUUUAAGCUUCUUUUGUAAAUAUUUAUGUAUCAUAAGCCAUAUUUCCAAGGAAUAAUUGUAAAUAAAUUAUACAUGAAUAUA